CUCCACGCCUUCGUGACCGCGCCGGCGCCGGGCGGCGGCGCCACGGUCGUGCGCUGCUUCAUCGAGCGGACGCGGUCGGGCGCGCACGCGCUCUUCCCGCUCUACAAGCUCUACGCGGACCACGAGGACGGCACGGGCCGCCUGCUGCUGGCCGCCCGCAAGGUGCCCGCGGCGUCGCCCUACUACGCCAUCUCGACCGCGGCGUCCGACGCUGCGUGGAACUCAACCAGUGAGUCCGGUUAUCCCGAGAUGUAUUGCGGGGACCUUGGUGAACCUCCACGCCAUCGAACCGACGCGGUCGCGGCGACACCGCCGCGUUGACGGCGUGGGGCGCCCGAAAUUUGAUGCCCACGCAGGUCCGACGUCUACAAGGCGCGCGCCAAGCGGAGCAGGCACUACCUCGGCAAGCUGCGCGCCGCGCCGGCGGCCGCGGCGGCGCCGCGCGAGUACGUCCUCUACGACGCGGGCGGCCGCGCGGACGACGCGCGGCGGCGGGCCCUGCGCCGCGAGCUCGCGGCCGUCGUCUUCGGCGGGCCGGCGCGCCGCUUCGAGGUGGCGCUGCCGCGCGCGCGCUGGCGCGCGCGCGGGCCGGACGAGGGCCGCGACGCGGAGGCGCUGGACCCCGGCGUCGCGACGGUCCGCGAGUUCCGGCCCGCCGAGCCGGCGGCGGGCCUGCGGCACGCGUUCGACGUCGUCCGCGGCCGCGGCGCCCAGAACGUGCUCGACGCGGACUCGGUGUACGUCGCGCACGCGCGGACGUCGAAGUACGACCCGCUGUCGAGCUGCCUCGUCGACUUCCGCGCGCGCGCGGCCGUCGCCUCGGUCAAAAACUUCCAGCUCGUCGCGUCGGCGCCGGUCGAGGCCCACGAGCGGCGCGCGUACUACGACCGCGACGGCGAGGGGCGCGGCCUCGCGGACGACGACGCGGCGCUGCCCGUCGUGCUCCAGAUGGGCAAGGUCGGCAAGGACUGCUUCAACAUGGACUACACGUUCCCCUUCUCGAUGCUCCAGGCGUUCGCCGUGUGCCUGGCGCGCUUCGACACGGGCGUGCCGCUCGCGACGACGCGCUAG